UAUGAGAAAAAGGGAAAGCUAAGGAUGCUGGAGCAGAACAAUGGAUUUCUCUUUCUCUUUCAUGCAAGGGAUCAUGGGAAACACAAUUCAGCAACCACCUCAGCUCAUUGACUCAGCCAACAUCCGCCAAGAGGAUGCCUUUGAUGCCAGCAGUGACAUUGCUGAAGAUGGUGGACAAACGCCAUACGAAACUGCCCUGCAGCAAGGCUUUCCGUACCCCACGCCCACGGCGGAGGACCUCCCGCCCAUCACGAACGGCUACCCACCCACGAUCAACGUGUACGAACCUCAAGCCAAAUACCAGACGUACAGUCAAUAUCCCAAUGGUUCAGCCAAUGGUUUUGGUACAGUCAGAAACUUUAGUCCCCCGGAGUAUUACCAAAUGGAAAACUCUAAUGCAAGGCCGCACGAAGUUCUGGAAAAACCUUCCCCUCCACAGCCGCCGCCUCCACCACCACCUUCAGUUUCACAGACGGUGAUUCCAAAGAAGACUGGCUCACCAGAGAUCAAACUAAAAAUAACCAAAACUAUCCAGAACGGCAGGGAAUUGUUUGAGUCCUCUCUGUGUGGGGACCUUUUAAAUGAAGUACAAGCGAGUGAGUAUGCUAAGGCGAAACAUGAAGGGAGAAAAGAGAAAAGGAAAAAAAGUAGCAAGCAUGACUCUUCCCGGUCGGAAGAGCGCAAGUCACACAAAAAUGCAAAAUUAGAACCAGAGGAACAAAAUAGACCAAACGAGAGGCUUAGCAUGCUAUCAGAAAGACCAAGAGACGAUGCAGUGUUGGAGGAAACCCCGGUGCAGCAGUUCUUGCCUUCUCUUCCGACACAAGUCACCCAUGACAUCAAGUUUCAGGUUGGCGAUCUGGUUUGGUCCAAGGUGGGAACAUACCCGUGGUGGCCUUGCAUGGUUUCAUGUGAUCCACAGCUUGAUGUUCAUACCAAAAUUAAUACAAGAGGUGCCCGUGAAUACCACGUUCAGUUUUUUAGCAACCAGCCAGAGAGGGCGUGGGUGCACGAGAAGCGGGUUCGAGAGUACGAAGGACACAAACAGUAUGAGCAGUUACUGGCUGAGGCUGCAAAAGCAGCCAGCAACCACUCUGAGAAACAGAAGAUUCGCAAACCAAGGCCGCAAAGGGAGCGUGCUCAGUGGGAUAUUGGGAUUGCCCAUGCUGAGAAGGCAUUGAAAAUGACUCGGGAGGAAAGGAUAGAACAGUACACCUUCAUUUAUAUAGACCAAGAGCCAGAGGAGGUUUUGUCAAAAGCCAAAAAGACUGCUGCUUCUAAAUCAGAGACCAAGAAGAACCGGCGACCGAAGCCAGGGGUGAAUGCCCAGCCAGAACAUGCCAGCGUGGUAGCAGGAUCGCCUUCAAGCGCUGAGGUGCGAAGACAAAGCCAACGGAGGCAGUCCAGUGUGGAAGAGGAGGAGCCGCCUCCUGUGAAAAUCGCAUGGAAAACAGCUGCAGCUAGAAAAUCCUUACCAGCUUCAAUAACCAUGCACAACUUGGAUCUUCAAAAAUGUAACAUGUCUCCAGUUGUUAAAAUUGAACAGGUUUUUGCCCUUCAGAAUGCUGCUGGGGAUGGAAAACUCAUCGAUCAGUUUGUUUAUUCCACUAAGGGAGUUGGUAACAAAACAGAAAUAAGUGUCAAAGGACAAGAGAAACUUAAUUCUUCCUCAAAUCAGAGAAAUGAAAAAACAGCGGUGCAAAAUGCGUCCUCUCCUGAAACAACUUCUGGGUCAACAGGUUCUGUAGAAAAGAAGCAACAGAGAAGAUCGAUUCGAACCCGCUCAGAGUCUGAGAAAUCCACUGAAGUUGUGCCAAAGAAGAAGAUCAAAAAGGAGCAGGUUGAAAUGGUUCCACUGACAGCAGUGAAGACAGGAUUGCAGAAAGGUGCCAGCGAGAUUUCAGAUUCUUGUAAACCUUUAAAGAAAAGGAGUCGUGCCUCAACGGACGUAGAACUGACUAGCUCAGCUUACAGAGAUACGUCCGACUCGGACUCCAGAGGACUCAAUGAUUUACAGGGUAGUUUUGGAAAACGUUCAGACAGCCCAUCAGCUGCUGCCGAUGCCGAUGCUUCUGAUGUGCAGUCGGUGGACUCUAGCUUGUCCAGGAGAGGAACUGGAACGAAUAAAAAAGACACUGUUUGUCAGAUCUGCGAGAGCUCGGGUGAGUCUCUGGUGUCCUGUGAGGGUGAGUGUUGCAGCGUCUUUCAUAUGGAGUGUCUUGGCCUGAAGUCAAUGCCCGAUGAGAAGUUCAUCUGCACGGAGUGUAAAAACGGAGAACAUACGUGCUUUUCCUGUAAACUUCCUGGCAAAGAUGUGAAGCGCUGCUCCGUCAACACGUGUGGCAAAUUUUACCACGAGGCGUGUGUUCGCAAGUUUGCCACUGCUCUGUUCGAGUCGCGAGGAUUUCGUUGCCCGCAGCACUGCUGCACUGCCUGCUCGAUGGAUAAGGACAUUCAUAAAGCAAGCAAAGGUCGCAUGGUGAGAUGUUUCCGGUGUCCCAUUGCCUAUCACUCGGGAGAUGGCUGUAUUGCUGCAGGAAGCUUGUUUGUGUCAUCCCACAUUCUCAUCUGUAGUAACCAUUCCAAAAGGAAUCACUCCUCAUCAGCUGUAAAUGUAGGCUUUUGUUUCGUUUGUGCAAGAGGGCUGGUAGUGCAGGAUCAUUCAGACCCCCUGUUCAGUUCAUAUGCCUAUAAGUCCCACUACCUACUGAAUGAAUCAAAUCGUGCUGAGUUGAUGAAAUUACCUAUGAUUCCUCCUCCUUCGUCAGCUUCCAAAAAGAAAUGUGAGAAAGGUGGAAAACUGUUAUGCUGUGAAUCCUGCCCAGCUUCCUUUCACCCUGAGUGUCUCAACAUAGAAAUGCCUGAAGGGUCCUGGAAUUGCAAUGACUGUAAGGCUGGCAAGAAGCUACGUUACAAGCAGAUCGUUUGGGUCAAGCUUGGAAAUUACAGGCAAGUUGGCUAUUUUUGUUUUUUAAUGCGUUGCAUGUGGUGGCCAGCAGAGAUCUGCAAUCCCAGGUCUGUGCCUCUCAACAUACAGGGCCUCAAACAUGAUAUCGGGGACUUCCCAGUAUUUUUCUUUGGUUCACAUGACUACUAUUGGGUACACCAGGGCAGAGUUUUCCCUUAUGUUGAAGGAGAUAAAAGCUUUGCUGAGGGGCAAACUAGUAUUAACAAGACCUUCAAGAAAGCACUUGAAGAAGCAGCAAAGCGCUUCCAGGAGCUGAAAGCACAAAGAGAAAGCAAAGAGGCAUUGGAAAUUGAAAGGAAUUCAAGGAAACCUCCACCUUACAAACACAUUAAAUCCAACAAGGUAAUAGGGAAGGUUCAGAUUCAGGUAGCUGACCUGUCGGAAAUCCCUCGCUGUAACUGCAAGCCGUCGGACGAGAACCCCUGUGGGCUGGAGUCGGAGUGCCUGAACAGGAUGCUGCAGUACGAGUGCCAUCCCCAGGUGUGCCCGGCGGGAGAGCGCUGCCAGAACCAGUGCUUCACCAAAAGGCUCUACCCUGACGCCGAAAUCAUAAAGACGGAUCGACGUGGAUGGGGUCUCAGGACAAAAAGGAGCAUUAAAAAGGGUGAAUUUGUGAAUGAGUAUGUUGGCGAGCUAAUCGACGAGGAAGAGUGCAGGCUGCGGAUCAAACGUGCACAUGAAAACAGUGUAACCAAUUUUUAUAUGUUAACUGUAACAAAGGACCGGAUAAUAGAUGCUGGCCCGAAGGGGAAUUAUUCUCGUUUUAUGAACCAUAGUUGUAAUCCAAACUGUGAAACACAGAAGUGGACAGUGAACGGCGACAUUAGAGUCGGGCUGUUUGCGCUGUGUGACAUUCCCGCAGGAAUGGAGUUAACAUUUAACUAUAAUUUGGAUUGCCUGGGCAAUGGUAGGACCGAGUGUCAUUGUGGAGCAGAAAACUGCAGUGGUUUCCUAGGAGUGCGUCCAAAGACAGCAUUUGCAACUGCAAAUGAAGAGAAGGUGAAGAAUGCAAAAUUAAAGCAGAAGAAGCGGAAAAUAAAAACAGAACAGAAGCAGAUGCACGAAGACAACUGUUUCCAGUGUGGAGAUGGAGGAGAACUAGUCAUGUGUGAUAAAAAGGACUGUCCCAAAGCCUACCACCUCCUAUGCCUUAACCUGACUCAACCACCUUUUGGAAAGUGGGAAUGUCCGUGGCAUCAGUGCGACGUCUGUAGCAAUCCUGCGGUUGCAUUCUGUGAGUUCUGCCCUCAUUCCUUCUGUAAAGAUCACGAGAAGGGAGCCCUGGUGGCAUCGGCGUUGGAUGGCCAUCUCUGCUGCUCCGCACAUGACCCCAAAUCUCCGGUGGCACCUGAGUACUGGAGCAAGAUAAAGUGCAAAUUGGAACCCCAGAAUCCUGCAGAAGAAGCAAAGGAGUGAAUUUGGUUACAAACAAACAGGGAAGGGGAGAAGAGGGGCAAGCAGGUGAUGAACUUGAAGAGACUGCUAUGACACAUUCAGUCUUUGUCAUCGGAGCCGUCGUGUGUGAACUGGGAACGGGACCAUUUAAUCUUAGCAAGCAAAAGCAGGCGGUGGUGUUUGUUUUUUAUUGUUUGGUCUUUCUUUUACCCUUGAACGUGUACAGCAGCUCUUCCUGUUGGAAACCAGAAGCGUCUUGGCCUUCAAACGCAGACCUUUUGACAGUGAAAAGAAUAUUCUGUUUAAAAUAUGUUCUUUGAGUGUAGAAAGCAAAGCAUAGCAACAUAUUUAUUUAUUUAAUUUUCCAAGGGUGCUGAAGAUCUGGUUUGGAUCAGUCAGCGUGUCUUUAAA